CAGGACGUAGGAGGUACAACUGUGCCUUUCCAGCAAAUGCCAUAGUCGCAGUUUGAAAACUUCUUUCCGCUUCGAGGUGUACCAUACGCACAAUAUUAGAAUUGUUGUCACAUCCGGUAAAAAGUUUCGGUUUCUGAAAAGAAAAAGAUAUUUUCCUCGAUCUGAUAGUGGCGUGGGCACACCAGACACAGAACAUCAUCGCCAUUUUGCGUUGAACAAGAAUACAACCCUACCGCUUCCAUUCAAACCAAGAAACGGCACUUGAGAAGCUAAGGAUGGAGGAGAUACACCGCGCUGUGGCCACGAUUCCGGCACCCUGCAGAUCUUCAUCGUCCCGCAGUAUGCAAUCGCGAGAUCAACUCCCGUGGUCCCCGUUCCAGUUUAUAGAUUUAUGCUCUCGAAUUGCAUGUCUUUCUUGCAGAACAUGAUAUGCAUAUAUAGAAGAUAAAGCAAUUUCUGCCGAAGGAAGUAAUUGAUGAUAAGAGUCCGUACUCAACAUCAAACAUCUUUGUCCUUCUCAACAAUAACGCCGGCCAGAUAACUCGCCGCACUUGCAUGAAGCAAUGCAAUUGGAAUAUUUUUGAUGGACUACACGUCAACAUCUUCAUUUAUCCAUCUGGGGCGGCACCACGGGAAGUGUUCUUUCUCUGUCCCUACGAUAGUACGCAGGCCUCUCUCGGUCGCACAACGGAGUGUGCUCGAGGCUAUGCUCAGCGUCUCGCGGAGGUCGUCGCCGGCGGACGAUUUUGCACCCUCCGAGGCAGCGGUGCGGGCCGCCGCGGAGGAGUGCGCGGUCAGCAGAGACGACCCGCAACCGGAGUUCAAAUACCGGGACCCGUAUGCUGUGGAGAACGCUACCUGCGGAAUCUGCCUGGACGUCUGGCAGGAGCCCGUGUUGACCGCUUGCUGCGGCGUGAAUUUCUGCCGGCACUGCCUCGAUGACUGGAAGGGCCAGCAAGUGGCCUCGGCCUUGUCAACCGCGGACGUAGAGCAGCAACAAGCCGCGGCACAAGGUACUACCACGGACGCCACCAGUGCGCGGGAGAGAGCGCCCCCGGAUCCGACCUGCCCCCAUUGCCGGUCGGUGCUGACGGACAGUAGCGUGCACGCCAAUCGGGCGUGCGCACGCAUGAUUGCCCACCAGAGGGCGGUCUGCCAGGGCUGCC